GCUCUUCAGACAUUUUAAAGCUGCAGCAGAGUUUGCAUAUUCGCAAAAAAAUCCUGAAAUUUAUCAGACAAGUGGUUCAUUAGACAACAUAUUUUUGUUUUAAGCUGUUAAUAUGGCCGCAAGACGAUUAACAAUGUACCUCGGUCAAUGUCUACCUUCAAAUGUUGAGGGCUUAGCCAAAGUCACGGUUCGAACCCUGAAGAGAGACGAAAUACUGAAUGCGUUUUUCCCGGAGAACACCACACUGGACGUUCGGGACCCGCAGCACCAGUGCCGCGCCGGAGACACCGUGCUCAUCGAACAGAUGCCCGACGACGCCCUCGGCAAGGUCAAGUUCCAGCUGCUGAAGACGGUGUAUCGUUACGGCGACAACAGGGAUCCCAUCACCGGCAAACUGGUCAUGGGAACGGAGUACAGAGAGCACGUGGACCUGGAGGCCCAGCUGGCAGGGAAGGACGGUGGCGUCACCUUCGACUACGAGAGCGCUCCGCCGCGGGGCUGGCAGGAGGGCAAGAAGGACUGGUCGCACCGCGAGCCCGAGGUCAAAUGGCACGACGACGGAAAGUGGGAGCCGCACCAGUGGUGAUUGGUGGUCUCAUACCAGACUUUGGUGCCGUCGGUGCUAUGUGUGAAGUGAUGAUGGAUGCGAGGUAUGCUGGGGUGGUGUGUUUUUUAAUAGUCGUUGGAUUGUGCAGAUGUUAUAUAGUGUAUUGCAUGGUCAUUGUGUUUCUUAAAAUAUAGAUGUGCAGAAGUGCGGUAAA